AUGGCUUCCUUCCGGCUGUGGUGCGCGGCGUGGCUCGCGCUGAUGUUACGGGGAGGCGCGGCACAGUUCCACCCGGUCUCCUCGGGACAGGAGUUCCCUCGAGCCGCGACCUGGGACCGGACCCUUGUGGACAUCCCCCACCGUCUUCUGUGCCACGAGCUGUGUCUUAAAGACGCCUCCUGCGCCUCCUUCCAGUACAACCUGACGUCUCGGGAGUGCCGGAUCAGCAUCGACCCCGACUGCUACUCGGAGCAGGCCGCCUGUACGCCCGGCCAGGUGUGCCGGGACAGGUGCGACAAUGACGGCGUCUUGGACUGCACCUGCCGGGCGUCCUCGUGGGCCAGGCCGGAGUGCAAGUCCACGGAGCUGGGUACCUGGGAAGACUGGGGUCCGUGGGGAGACUGUUCUGUGAGCUGUGGAGGCGGGGUGAAGAAGCGCAUGCGCACCUGCCGUGACGAGUAUGACGGGAAGACGUGUGUCGGACGGGAUACUGACGUCAAACUGUGCAAGACGAAAAAGUGUCCAGAAUGGACGGAGUGGAGCGGCUGGACCAGGUGUACCCGAUGUGGCCGGUCCCGUACCCGCACCCGGACCUGCCCCGUCCCGGGACACUGCAGCGGACCCGACGUACAGAAAAUGUCCUGUGCGAGCAGCAAGGAAUGCUCAACUCAUGUCCGUCUGCAGAGAGGGCUGUUCGUGACAGACGGGUGGGUGGAGGUUUGGGACCAGCUGAACGGCUACUGGAGGCCGCUGUGUGGGGAGUGGACACAGCAGGAUGGCAAGGUUGUCUGCAGACAUAUCGGAUUUAAGGACGUCGAAGAAGACACACCCCAUGACAUAAUGAACCUGGGCUGCUUUACUGACGACCCGGGUGACAAGAGCCCAGCUGACGUCUGGAACACGACUCUAAACGGACCUUCCAUGACGUCAUCAUCUCCCCAGGACUGCCUCGCCUUCUGUCGUCUGCGGGGCUUCAAAUAUGCUGCCAUUCGGGACGGCGACGCCUGUCAGUGCGGACGGGGAUACGCCCGGAACGGCCAGGCGGACCGGUCGGCCUGCGACGCGCCGUGUGCCGACGCCGACAGCUGGACAUGCGGCAGUCAGACAUCCGGCCUGCUCAACGAUGUCUACACAUACGCACCUCUCGGUAACAGCAUGUACUUCCCUAUGGACGAGAAGCGCCCUGAGACCGGGGAGAUCGUGGGGAACCCUUCGGUGCACACCUACAACGGCGCCGGCAUCACGGACGGGGUCGUCGGCAAGGCGCUCUACCUGGACGGGACCAACCAGUGGGUCAAGACGGGCCAGCUGGACGGGACGUGUCUCGGCAGCACCACGCUCUGUCCGGAGGGUUUCACCAUCGGCAUGUGGAUUAAGCUGAUGACCAUGCCACCGUCGGACCGGUACUUCAUGUCCACCGGCGGGCACACCCGCUCCUCGUACGGCUUCAACUUCUACUACGACGUGCCGGACGGGCCGGGGUUCUGGGUCACCCAUCAGGACGCCUGGUGCAGGACGCACUUCGCCCUGCCGAUCGGCGUCUGGAUGCACCUGUCCCUGUCCUGGAAGGCGCCAUGCGACAUCAGCGUCUUCGUCAACAGCACCGAGGUGGACUUCACACUGUCUAAGGCCCGGCCCAGCACUCUGGAGGAGGACAUACACACCAGCCUGGCCAUAGGAGCCCCUAACACUGUGACCAGCGUGACCGGCAUCGCCGGACACAUCACUGUGGACGAGGUCCGCUUCUGGGACAGGAAAGUGACGGGGAAGGAGAUACACGAAGUCAUCAUACACGACCUGAAGAUGUCAGGUGACCACUACCACCCUCAGGAGGGGUCAAAGGUCAUGAAGGGCAGGUUCCAGUGCUCCGGGGAGGAGAAGCUACUGGGCAUGUGCGAACACGAGGAGGACUCCUCAUUGGCUGACGACAUCUGCGGCACCAGCACGCAGAACUACGUGCGAUGUGUCCCCCAUGGCUGGUGGGACAGCUGGUCGUCCUGGAGCUCCUGUAUGAACGGCGAGUCCCGGCGGACCCGGAAGUGCUACACGCCGUCUCCGCACUACCAGGGGAACUGCACCGACAGCCCCGGGGUCGGCGAGCAGGUCAAGUCGUGCGUCUUCACGGACAUCUAG